CAGUGAAUUAGAAUAUAUUCAAUCUUAGUUAAAGCUGUCUUCCAUCGAUGGACGCAAUACGGAAAGAAACAACUUUUGACGUUUUGUUUACCGAUAAGUUAACCUCUUCAAAAUAAAAUAACAUAAAGUGACAGUUGUAUAGCGUUAUACUACGCACGAGCUGAUUGUGUACACAGUAACGAAUGAAAGUUAUACGAUCAAAUCAAACUAUUAGGUGUAUUUAGGUGUGUAUAAAUAUUGAUAUCUUAAGCAGCCAUAUUCGAAUUUAUACGUAUGCACCCGCUUAAUCGGUGAAUAAGUGAUUUAAGUGCGAGGAGUCUGUCUGGCUGUAUAGAAUUCAAUUCCACCUAGAUCUAGUGGAGAGGAUCAUGAUGACUACGUACUAGACUGUAUUUGCCGCUAAUCCAGCCUCAAGUAUUUGUGGCUUAUCACGCGAGACGUAAGCUGACAAUUACAGCAGUAUAGCAUCGAAGCAUUACAAAGAUACAAUUGUCACCAGUACCACUUUGUGCAGGACGUCGCAAAGGUUCGUGUCGAUGGGAUCUUCCAUUAGUCAAGUUUACAAAGUGACCGUAUAACCAGUUUGAUACAGUAACGGGAUUCAAAUGAAGACAUUCAGAAUGCUGCAGUCGACUGAAUCAAUCUUCGUUGUCUUAGCUGUUCUUACCAUCCUUAUAACAAACUUUGAAAAGUGUUUGACCGCUUCUUUUAAUAUUGAUGAAUAUCUAAGGCAUAGAAAUCAAGAUACCGAAUGUAACUUUGCCAAAGAAGUUUGUGAAACACCAGGAUGUAUACACACAGCUUCCUUAAUUCUCGAUUCUAUGGAUCCCAGCGUAGAUCCGUGCUCCGACUUUUAUCGGUUCGCUUGUGGCAAAUUUAUCAAAGAAAGCGUUAUUCCAGAUGACAAGUCCAAAAUGGACACAUUCGAUAAAAUUAAUGAUCAAAUACAACAACAGCUAAGAAUUAGUAUAGAAGAUGAUCUGCGUAAUGACAGUCCACGUGCUUUCAAACUUUUACAGUCGUACUACAAUACUUGCAUGAAUACAACUCAAAUAGAAGCAACUAGCGAACAUGAUUUUCGAGCUAUUUUAAACAACCUAGGUGGCUGGCCCGUACUGGAUGGCAAGUCAUGGAAUGAAUCAGCUUUCGAUUGGAAGAAAUCAGUCGUUCAGUUUCGCAAUACAGGAUACUCUAUUAACUACUUCAUCGACUUUGAAAUAAACGUUGAUAUGAAAAACAAUAGUAGGCGCCUCAUCGAUUUGGAUCAGGCGUCCACGGCACUACCACAAGAAUAUUUAUCGAAAGGAUUAGAGGACAAAGUCGUUCAAGCGUAUUUCAAAUAUAUGAUAGAUUUAGCUGAAAUUUUUGGAGCUAACCGCGACGUUGCUAAGAAAGAACUGGCCGAUUCUCUGAAUUUCGAAAUCGAACUUGCUAAGAUAUCACUUGCAAGCGACGAGCGUCGCGACAUGACGAAACUGUACAACCCGAUGAGCGUGGCGGAAUUGCAAAAGGCUUUUAAGUCGGUUCUAUGGAUUGAUUACAUUAACAAUCUGCUUGCCCCGCAUACAAAAGUCGAGCCCUCCGAGCAGGUGAAUGUCGUCGUUCCUAGCUUCUUCCAAUCGUUCUCCAAGCUGAUCGUCAAGACUCCAAAGCGCGUGCUGGCGAAUUACGCGAUGUGGCGUAUGGUUGCUGAAUCGGCUCCACGUCUAGGCGAACGAGUGCAAAAGGCUGAAGCCGAAUUCUCGGCAUCACUUACGGGCACAAACGUCAAGGAACCUCGUUGGAAAGAAUGCCUCACUUACGUAUCCAACAAACUUUACAUCGCGGUCGGCGCACUCUACGUUAGACGCUACUUCGACAAGACUGCCAAGGAUAAUGCUGUCGAUAUCAUACAUAACAUACGUAAGAGCUAUGAGCGCAUUCUCACUCAGGUCGACUGGAUGGAUGAAGAAACGAGAAAAGCCGCGCUAGAAAAACUCGACUGGAUUCAGCCGCACAUUGGUUACCCAAACGAAUUUUUAGAUGACACAAAGCUCGACGAAUAUUAUCAAUAUCUCAAGAUAUAUUCCAAAAGUUUUCUCAAAAGUCACUUGAGCCUGAACCUCUUUCAAUUAGCUUACGACUUCGAGCAGUUAAGGAAACCCGUGAACAAGACUGAAUGGAUUACGCAUGGCCAAACAGCUAUUGUCAAUGCUUAUUACGAGCCAACAGAAAAUAGCAUUCAGUUUCCUGCCGGGAUUUUGCAAGGAAAAUUCUUCACUAAGGAUAGGCCAAAAUAUAUGAAUUAUGGUGCGGUUGGCUUUGUAAUGGGACAUGAAAUGACACACGGUUUCGACGAUCAAGGAAGGCAAUUUGAUAAGGAAGGUAACUUGAUCGAAUGGUGGGAACCGGAAACGAAGAAGAAGUAUUUGGAACGUGCUCAGUGUAUCAUCGACCAAUACAGUAAUUACACAGUCAAAGAAGUCGGCUUAAAGAUAAAUGGUAAAAACACCCAAGGCGAGAAUAUUGCGGACAACGGCGGUAUUAAAGAAGCAUAUUUUGCCUACAACGAGUGGGAGAAGCAAAACGGACAAGAACCUCGUCUACCUGGACUGUACUUCACGUCCCAGCAAAUGUUUUGGAUUAGUGCAGCGAAUGUUUGGUGUAAUAAAUACAGACCCGAAGCUUUGAAAGCGCGAAUAGUCACAGAUGUGCAUAGUCCAGGAGAAUUCCGUGUUAUCGGACCAAUGUCAAAUAUGCAAGAGUUCUCCAAUGAUUUUCAAUGUCCACUGGGCUCUCCCAUGAAUCCCGUUAAAAAAUGCACAGUUUGGUAAUUAUCAUUGUAUAGAAUUGUAAAUCCUGUAUAGAAUUGUAAAAUUGUACUCUUUAAUUACGUGACAUGAUAUCCUAUUUAUUCAAUUAAUCAUUCGACGAUAAGUACACGUUAUUAUCAGCUAUUUUAUUGCCUAAUCAAUAAUUAUCAAAAAGUAAUACCUCAUAACUUAUACUUGCAAUCGAUAGCUUCAUAAGUUGUUACUAUUAUGAACUUAUGUUGUCAAAUUUAAUGUUUGAUUAUGUUUCUUAUUUAGAAUAUCUUUUUGUAUCACAAAAUAAAAUCUCAUAUUGCUAAUGUAUAUUAAAAUAAAAUUUUUCUUGUCAAUUACAUGUUUUUUGACAAGCUGAAAUAUUUCAAAAAAUUACUUAAGAGACGACUUGCUCCCGCAUUUUCAAGUGUGAAUAUUUAUUUUCAUUCUUAGAAGUUGUACUUUUUUGCAAGUCUCUCCCUCUUUCUCUCUCUUCUUUCUCAUUCAAUUGUACGAUAUCUCUUUAUCAAAGUCAUAUAGUCUGAUACCGAUAUUCGUACACUCUGCAAUAAUUAUUUAGAAUUCUAAGGGAAUGAUCUUAUUUACUUAAAAAACUCAUGUACUUUGGAUUCAUGAUACCUAAUAAAUUGAAAUAUAUUAAAUUGUUUUAUUUAUAAUGGAAUAUUUAAUUAUUGAAUUGUAAAUAAUUUUUA